AUUGUUGUGAAUCAUUUUUUCUUGUAUUUUAAUAGCAUUUGUAUUGUUUGUUUAUUAAACUGUGGUAUGUUUAUGCCAACAAUUUUAUUUUGAGUGACAGUGGAAACUAUAAACUGUUUUUCUUGUGUUUGCAUUUGUGACUAGAGAACAGUCAAGACUGGAGGUGGGGAAGCAAGACAUAGAUCAUAACAUCCUCCCCCACCUCCCUCAAAACUUUCUCUCUCAAUGACUGUCUCCUUACCUCCACCACCACCAUUCACUGUUUCCAUCGCACAAGGAACUCUCUCCAGUCAUCUAACUCAAAGAUCGUCACUUCGCCUUGUACUGAAAUCUGUCCGCCACCGUGUCCUGAGGCCAGUCUUAUCCAUCAUCACUUUGCAUGAAGACUCCAGCAUCAUCUCAUCUGGUGCCUGUAGCUCAUGUCAGUGCUCCAAGACCCAACUCAAAACCCAACCCAGGACCCAACUCUCUGUAUUGGACCCCUCAACAUAGCAUUGAACAACAAGUGACAUCCAUAUUGCCAGGGUUUGAAUGUGUGUGUGGGGGGGGGGAGCACCUCACCUCCCAAUCAUCACCAUUUCUUACCCUACCCAGUGCCCCAUCACCUACAUGAUCAUUAGAUACUGCCUGUGGUGCUUCGGGACCACAGGGCAGGACACUGAGUGUUAGUUCCUGCACUGUGUUAAAGUGGUGCUGAGUGGUGUAUAUUACCUUAGUGGUGGUGGUGGUGAAGGCGUCAACAAGCAGCAGGAGGAACGUGCUCUCUCGCAGCAGGAAACUCACCAAGAUGUCUUCCACCUGGUACAUUGAUUCUGUCAUGGCAACCCGCGAUUGGUCCGACUCUGAGUCAGUGGCCAGCAGUGUGGCGGCCGCGUCGGAAGUCUCCACAGUGCCAGACAAGUUUGGUUUCUUAGGAGGAGCACAAUACUCAGAGGACUGGGAAGAGACUGUACCAGUUGAAGUGAUCAGAAGACGAGAGAAAAAAUGGCUGGAGAUGUUCAGCAACUGGGACUCUCACAUGCUCAAAAAAUACAAGAAAGUACGCGACCGCUGCCGCAAGGGCAUUCCAUCGGCAUUGCGUGCACGAGGCUGGCAACACCUGUGUGGUGCACACAAACAGUUAGAGAGAAAUCCUGGAGCAUUUGAGCAACUUGCUGAAGCUCCUGCUGAUCCCAGACUGGAAGAUGAUAUCAGAAAGGACUUGCAUCGGCAGUUUCCUCUCCAUGAGAUGUUCCUCCAGAAAGGAGGUCAUGGGCAAGAAGACUUGUUUCGUGUGUUGAAGGUGCAUGCACAAGUGUCCCCGGAUGAGUACUGUCAGGCCCAUGCUCCUCUAGCUGCUGUCCUGCUCAUGCAGAUGCCUGCUGAACCUGCAUUCUGGUGCUUAAAAUCCAUCUGCGAUAAAUAUGUUCCUGGCUACUAUGCGAGAGGGCUGGAAGCCAUUCAAAUUGACGGAGAUAUUUUAUACAAACUGUUGAAGAAAGUGUCACCUUCGGCUUAUAAACAUCUGAAGAAGCAUAAAAUUGAGCCAGUGCUGUACAUGACAGAAUGGUUCAUGUGCCUCUUCUCACGAACUCUACCCUGGUCCUCAGUUCUUAGAGUGUGGGACAUGUUCUUCUGUGAAGGUGUGAAAGUAUUAUUUCGUGUUGGGUUGGUCCUGCUGAAGUAUGGGCUGCGAUCACAGGUGCUCAAGCGAUGCCCGGGCAUGUACGAGACCCUUCAAGCUCUUCGCAACAUUGACCAUGGUGUUAUGGCUGAAGGAUUUUUGCUAUUUCAGAUGCAGCGGCUAGACCUGACUGAAGACGACCUGCAGAGAGAACACCAACGACAGGUACAAAAGCGGAGACAGGCAGCCAAAGACGCCGCAGCCAACGGGAGAUAGAAUGUUACUGAGGAUGGAUUUAAAUUAGCAGAGAGGUCUUGUAUUUCAAUCCACCGGAUGGACCGGAACUCUUGAUUGUUUCCAUUGUUAGGGAACUAACAAGGUAACAAAAUAUCAUGGUAGUAUGAUGGUAUUGGAUAUUCUUUCAGUAUUUUCCUCCUGAAAUAUAUUGAUUUCCAAGCCAUUUUUGAUUGAGGUUUGCAGGAGGAUAGCUAGACGUUUAUGUUCUUAAACUGAUGCUAUAAACACUGCUAACAUCGGUAAUAAGGUGACAGCAGAAUUAUUGUACAUAUCUCUCAAAAAUUAAUGGAAGGACCAAAGUUUUCACAUUUUUUUGGAUGAUAUAGGGGUCAUAUAAGAGGCCUCUCUAAUAAAUUUACCUAGCUUGGUGUAAUCUCACUUUUGGCAUUUGAGGUGUAUCUAAGAUACUAUGCCAUAUUUUUGUUAAUGUUGCCUGAGUUUGUUGAUCUUGGCUAACAGUUGGUUUAGAAAUAUAACUUGAUUAUCAUACUGAAUGUCAGUGUAGUGUGAGAGACAAGACUUGCGCAACACCUUGGGUGCAGUAGCUAUUGUCUUGUUGAGCAGCAGUAGACUGUUGAUGACCCAGCCAUAGCAACAAGUUGAUCAGAUGGUGUUAGUUACCUCUCUAGGGACAAUGGAAAUGUGGCCUUUAUAACAGCUGGGGUUUUCUUUUUAGGUGACAGUGAAAUGUUACAGAGAUGCAUGCCAGGAGUGGGUUUUGAUGUUGAGGUGAGUGAAGUGUGUGUUGAGCAGCAUUAAUGCUGGAUUUCGGUUCAUAUUUAGUAACUAUUGGGAGUUAAUAUUAAUUCACAGAGAAAAAUAAAGGUAAUUUUUAUUUAAAUUUGCUAGUUAUCUGCCUUUUUUUAUGUAGUUUAUGCAUUGAGAAACACUUUUAUAAUCCAUAACGAGUUAAUUGUUGUACUUGAUGUGGACCAAAUAUACAGGAUAAGAUUUUUUGUAAUAUUAAGUGGAAGGAGGAGCUGUAUCUGAUCUGUCUCUUCAGAGAUAAACAGAAUAUGGAUUUUUCUGCAUAUUAAACCAAGGCAAGUAAAUAUUACUAAUGAUAAUUUUGAUGUUUACAUAUUUGAAUUUAAUCAGGAUUUACUGAUACGUGGGUAUCAUAUUUUCUAUUACCAAAAUUCCUAGAGAAGUUGGUUUUUGAUACUCCUGUGUUGCCAUCUACUCAUAUGGUACAUUAAUUUGAACUAUAAGUCAUGUAGAUAACACUUUAAAUAUUGAUGCUAAUUAUGUUAAAAUAAAGUUUAUAACAAGUGUGAUGGCAAAAUGGUGCUCUUAAACUCAAAAAAAAAAAUAAUAUUUAUUCAUAACAUUGUCGCCAUCACUACUUCUUAAUUACAAUUUUGUUUUUACACUUGAUUCACAAGUAAAAUGAAUAAGUGCAUUACAUUAUAUCAUAUGGAGGUGUACUCUGAGAGAAUGUAAUGUUGCAAGGAAAAUUAUCUGGCACAGGCUUAUUACAUUCUGUUAAGGACAUCUAAAUUCAACUUCUUAUUCCUUUAUUUGAGGUUAAUUACCAUUGAGAGAGAGCAUCUAGCACUCAGUGUUUGUCACAUGGCUAGCACCACCAGGCAGAUGAUAAUGCCCUCUCAGGGAGGUGGUGUUAUGCAUGAUUUAUCCCUGUGUGCACACUGUGCAUGCCUUCAUACUGUAUUGCAUGGGUAAUACUGUGAGCAAGAAGCCAAGAGUAUGGUAAAGAAGAGUAGAUGAAUGAAGCACUUGUGCAGCAUUUAGGUAUCUUUAUCCCAUAAAUGUUUUGCCAGCCAGUGGCUUCAGUCCAGUGCAGAGAAAAGUGAAAGAUGAAGAGUUUGAUGUAAUCAGUCCCUCAGCCUGGAGUUGAUGGGUUCAGUCCAUUGAUGGACUGAACAUAUUGACUCCAGGCUGAGGGACCGAUUACCUCAAAAUCUUCCUCAUUUUCCACCUUUCUCUGCAAUGGACUGAAGAAGCCACUGGCUGGCAAAACAUUUCCAGAAUAAAGUUACCCAGAUGUUGCACAAGUGUCUCAUUUAUCAAGUUGUUGGUUUUGUAAACCAUUUAUUCAGCAAGGAGAGUAGGCUUGCUGUGUAGUAGUACCUGUCAAGUCUUGCUGGUGGAUUACAUCCACGAGAAAUGUGGUUCUUUUUUUUUUUUUUUUUUUGGCAGUGGAACUUUUAGAUUUGUUGCUGUGUCAUGUGUACUUUAUCUUGGACAGAAGAAUAACUACCGAAGGCAUGAUGCAAUUGAAACCAAAUGAGUAUAGCUAUAUUAUUAUACUAAAGAUCAUUCUUUGUUUGUGCAUAUCAGGAUGUUAAUAUUAAGGUAAUCUAGUGGCCUUAGAUAGCAUUUGGGUAAAAAAAAUUGUCACAUUGAGCAAUUGUAAAUGGAAAUAAUCAAUGCCAUGUACAAAUUUUGUCUUUCUCUCCAAACGUCUUCUCUGCGGCAUACCCAGGUUCAGAAACUCAAUGGCAGCAGGUAGUAGCAGUAGCCUAAAUGAUGAUUGCACACUUCUCUCUACAUUUACCUCUCAAAGUGGCAGAAGUAGCGAUAAACUAGUCUUGGGUAUGAAAUCCUUUGCUGUUUGCCCACAAGAUCAACCAGUGCCUCUUGCAUAUAAAAUAUUGAUAUAUUUAGAUAGCUUAUAUAUUUUGUGGCAUAUAUGUAAAUUAUAUAGAUAGUCUUAAGGCUUAAGAUUUUAGAGUUUACAGAUUUGUUCUAAACACUGUACUAAUUUUAAGUCAGUGUUGAUAAUGUAAUAUUUAGUGUUAUGUAUUUCAUGUUUCCAUUCUCUUUGAUUCUUAUAGGCUUAUGUAAUCAAAAUAACAGUUUGUAAAAUAUAUAUACAGGACUUAUUAAAGUAGCCAGAAUGUAGCUAUUAGAUUAUUUCAAUUAUACGCAAAGAUUUCUCUCCUCUCAUACAUUGUAAAUUCCCAGUUACACUUGCUGAAGUUAAUGAACAGUCUGCAUGGGAAAAGUGUUCUCUAUCAUAUCUUGAAUUUGUUACUUAAAUUGCUUAUUUGAAUACAUGCAUGUGUAAUAAUGAAAUUUUGGGAGAGAAGAUUAGGCUUAAUGUUUGGAUAGUCUUCAUCAUGGGAUAUUAUCUUGCACUGAAAUAAGAACAUAAAAAGGAACACUGCAGCAGGCCUACUGACCCAUGCAAAGCAGGUCCAUGUGACACCCCCCGGAUGCAAGUUAUAAAUCUCUAUUCUUGAAUUGUCUCAAUACAUAAGCCAAGGAAUAGUUCCUGUAUCUGAAUACAGGAGGUUCCCAAGAUAUAUAGAUCUGGACUUUAAAGCCUUCAACCAGUAAAAUUUUGACAAGUGCUGAGCUGCAGCACGAAUGAGUUAAACAGAGCCAACCUGUGUACUGUUUCUUUCAAUACAAACAACUGGUUUGUAAGGUAGGAAACCAUUAACACAGUCCAUCUGUAAUUUCGGAACCUCUUGUGUAGUUGUUGUCACAGGAAAAGUCUUGUCUUAUGGCAAGGAAGAUGGUUAAGACCUAUUUUGUGAAGAAUAGAGAUAGCAGCUGUGCGAGAAGUUAAGAUAUGUAGUGUUGAAGAGGUACUUUUAGAUCUUUGAAAAAUGGAUUUCCGUUUGUAUAAAAUUUACUUUGAGUUUGUGUAACACUUUGAAUCAAGUUUAUUGUAUAGUAAUUAUACCAGCUGUGUAUCUUGGAAGUAUACAUGUCCUGAGAGAGUAAAUAUGUGUUUAUGUAACCUGUCCUCCUAAUGCCAAUGCUGUAUUUUUUCUUUAUAUGCUUAAGCUAAUUUCUCUAUGUUCAUUAUUUAGGUUAGGUUAACAUUAAUAAAUCAUUUAAUCUCUAUCAUAGCAUACACUAACACCAAUAAUUGCAUACAGGCAACAGUAUAUAUUGAUGCACAAAUCAAUUAGACUGAGGAAUUGACAAUGACAAUCCAUUGUUAACAUUUUAUUGUCAAUUACUGACAGUCUCGGGAUGCCGUAAAAUUCUGACAUUUGCUAUGGAGGACAGGUUGCUUUAUAAUAACUAUUUAAUAGAGUUAAGAGCUGUGUACUAAUAUACAGUGUUAAAGAACUCGUGUCAAAAUGAGUCUCUUUUAAUCCACAGUUAAUAAUUUUUGUUCAAAUAAAUAUGCAGCUUUGUAUAGACAAUUCAAAAGUAUGAAUAUAUUGCUCAUUUCUUAAUUAAGGGUCCCUGCAUCCAGUCAUAUAUCUUUAAUUUACAUUAUAUAUAUAGUUCACAUUUAUAAUUCCAUUGUCAUGGCAUGGCAGACACCAUUCCUGAUGCUUUAUGUUAUUGAGGAAAUGGAGCAUUCAGUCAAAAUUAUAUCUUUCUUUAGUUCUCAGAAUCUGUUAACGUAUCAUAAUAAAUGUAGAUACUUCACUUACAUUUUAAUAUGAUAAUGGUAUGUAAUACAGACAGGUUGAUAAGUGAGAUGCAUAUGCAGUAGUUAGAUAUCUUUAUUGCAAAAUGUUUUGCAUACACAGUAGGCUUCUUUUGUUAAAUACUGCUUCUGCUGCCUCUUCUGUGUUCAACUGAAGAAACCUACUGUGUAGGCAAAACAUUUGGAAUAGAUAUCUUAACUGCUGUACACGUGUCUUACUUUUCGACUUGCAUUUUUAUUUAGGUUAGUGACAAAUGGCAUAAAGUUGACAGGUGGUGAAAAAGGCGCAGUUGCAGUAAGGAACUUUAUCGAGAUGUCAUCAUGUGAAGUAUCUCGAUGACAUUCCUCUGUAGUUUCGUCAUUUGCACUACCCAUUGUUAAGGAAUGCAUUUAGUUUUGAUGAGUACCUCCAUUUGCCUCUUGAAUACAACUGGUCAUAAUAAGUUUUGUGCACAAGUUAAUCUCAAGUUUAUCUUAAGUUAUUAAAGUUAGUGUGAGGUGGUAUUUCCAAGUUAUUAAAAACCUCAAGGCCUUUUUUCACAAAAUUUUCCUUGAUUUGUAAAUGUCAAAAGCAUAGUGUGCUUAAAAAAAAUUAGCUCGUUACUUAUCAUUUACGUUACAAUAUUUUAAUGGUUUGUGUGAUCUCUCUUAUUGGGUAUUAACCCUUUCACUGUCAAGACCCCUGCUCACAAACUUGUUCUCAGUGUUGAAGAAUUUAAAAAAAAAAGUUAUUUUUUCUAAUGAAAUGAUAAUCUUUUCCUGAUGGUAAUGAAAUUUGAUGGAAAACUUAUGGAAUUAUGCUCUCGCAAAGUUGGCAGCCUUGGCAAUAUUUAUGCAUCAGCAAUUUCGCCUACUUUGAGCCCUAUUUCCAGUCGACCAAACUCAACUAUUUCGCUAGAACUCCUUUUGUUUUAUUGAUUAAGUACAAGAAACCAUCCAUUUACCAAUUUCGACUACCCAAUAAAGUGAUCAAAAAUUGGUAAUUUGGCCAAUUUCAUGCAAAAUUCAGGAAAGUCUAAUAUCAGAAUAGGGUCCAGAAUUAACAAUGCAAACAUUCCUAGAACUAAAAUAACAUUUUCUCUGUUCAUUAAGUCACGUCUUGAGGCCCCUUUUAUAUUAAACUUGCUUUCCAUUUUGAAUUUUUAUUCACACAAAAAAUGGAAGAUUUGCUGUUGUGCAGACUACUGCAUUAUUGUAAAAUGUUAUAAAUAAUAUCAGUGCAUUUGUAAAAGCAUGUUAGACCCACCAGUUGAUGUGUAUUGGACGCAUGACGUGAAUUGUUUGCUCUUGAACAUCGGCAAAAAUUGAACAUUUCCGCUACUCUGAUCUCAGUUUCAAUGUACUUUUAGUCUGUAAACCAUUCAAAAUUCUAGUUCUGUAAUAUAUCUUCCAUUCUAUCAAAUCAGACCAAGAAAACAAUAAUGCAACCAUAAGUACUAUACGAAAUUACACCGUAAAUUUUGCUUUUUUAAAUAAAACACACAGUCGGAGUUUUUUUUCUCAUGUACUGCGUGCUGCAGGAUUUUUUUUAUACUGCACACACUGACCACUCAGACCUGUUCUCUCACAUGUAGACCUACCAGCUUUCUCCUGCAAGAUUGGAAGCCGCUAGAAUUUUGGCAUAGUAUUACGAGACUGACACUGGCUUGCAAGCCGUAAUAUUAUGGGACCGACAGUGAAAGGGUUAAUAGUGGUAAAUUGUUGAGAGUACUGAAAAUUUUAAUUCUUUCUUUCAACACACCAGCCAUAUCCCACCGAGGCGGGGUGGCCCAAAAGGAAAAACGAAAGUUUCUCCUUUUAAAUUUAGUAAUAUAUACAGGAGAAGGGGUUUCUAGCCCCUUGCUCCCGGCAUUUUAGUUGCCUCUUACGACACGCAUGGCUUACGGAGGAAGAAUUCUGUUCCACUUACCCAUGGAGAAAAUUGUAAUUAUUGCAGUAAAUUAACAAUGAUGUUAGCAAGCUUUUUUUUGUUAUAUUAAAAAUCACUUAACCCUUUCACUGUCCUGACCCUCAGAAUUAAACGUGCUCACAGUGUCCACAUUUUUCAUCUAAAUUCAGCUGAAAUAGUAGAAAAUCUUUUUUUAAAUGUAACGAUAUAAAAAAUACAAAAGUUGGUGGAAAACUUACAGAAUUACAUAGUUGCAAAGUUAAUGGUCUGGGCACAGUUUAAGCACAAGCAAUUUCACCAACUUUGAGUCCUAUUUUAAGUUAAUUAUGUUGCUCAGUUUAACCAAAUUUUAGCCAUUUCACUAGUAGACUUUCCAUUCUAUCAAUUUAGCACAAGAACCUGCUGAUUCAACUAUCAAAAAUACUCUAUAACGUGCACAGAAAUUGGUAAUUUGGCAAAUUUUACACAAAUUAAAAAGAAUUCCAAUUUAAAAAACAGUCCCAAGUAAACACUGUAAAGAUUCCAGCACUAAAACAACAUUUUCUCUGUUCAUUAAUCAUGUCCCCAGCUUCUCUUGGAUUAUACUUGCCUUCCAUUUUGAACUCAUCAUCACACAAAAAAUAAAAUAUUUGCCCUAUUUCUCAAUUUAUAAAAUAUAACCAGGAGUGAUUGGUCAUGGUUUACAGCAUCCCAAUAAUUGAAUCAGAAAAAGUGUCAGGAAGGGUCAUACCCAUCCUAAGGAAUAUCAACAAAAAUCAAAUAUUUCUGUUACUCUGAAGCAGAUUUCAAGUUACUUUCCCUCCUGGAAACAAUUAAAAUCAUAUUUAUUUCAGUAGCAUGUUUUCCAUUCUAUCAAAUGAUACCAAAACAUAGCCAAUGAAAUCAUAAAAAACAUCUUAGCACUUCAGAGUCAGUCUUGUAAACCAAACACAAGGUCAGAGUUUUGUUUUUCCCAUCAUGCACUGUGUGAGACAGGAUUUUUUUUUUAUACUGUAUAUACUCACCACACAAACUUAUUCUCUCAUCUAGGCCAAAAUUUACCACUCACUGCUUAUCUGAGUGAGCUGAGCUUAUGAUGUAGAUCUACAUGACAGCUCCUGGCAUCAAUAAUAUAGUUCUAGAUGACAAACCUUGGCAUCAUUAAUGUAGUUCUACAUGACAGACCUUGGUGAUAAUACUGUAAUUUUACACGAUAGACCCUGAUGUCAGUAACGUAGUUCUACAUGACAGACAGUGAAAGGGUUAAUAACCCAAUAUCUCCAGCACUUUGUAAAUCUUACUACAGGGCUCUCUUCUUGGUUAGAGAUUGGGCAGCAGUCUCUAAGUAAUCAAGUGGUCAUUUAUUACUCCCUGUAAUAAAUGACUUCCUACAGGCUUAGCACUUUGUGAAAUAUAAUUUUUGGCAAGGAAUCCACCUCAUCUCUUAAAUGUUAGUGUCUCUUAGUUUCACUUGUAUUACAGUACAAACUUUUAGCAUAUUUUCUGUAUAUUUCAGUCCUGAUAGUCUUCUUAUCAAGUCACUUGGUACUUUCAGUAUGUUUUCUGUGUAUCUCAGUCUUGACAGUCUUCUUAUUAAGUCACUUGGUACUUUCAGUAUGUUUUCUGCAUAUUUCAAUCCUGACAGUCUUUUUAUUGAGUCACUUUGGUACUUUCAGUAUAUUUUUCUGUAUAUUUCAAUUCUGACAUACUUCUUAUUGAGUCAGUUGGUUGUGUUUUGUGUAAAGGCUAAGGCACAAAUUCUACACUUUAUUGGUAUUUUGGUGUACCAUACAUAAACAUGGAUUGUAGAUAAUUCCUAUUCUAAUUCAUACUCAUUUCUAGGAUGUAUGUGUGUGUAUGGUCAUAGAUUUCUGUUUGAGGGCAGCUAAGUCUUAGCUCCUUGGCCCAGUUCUUAAUCUUUGUUGACCAUUGUUAUUGGUUUCUGGACUCUUGGCCCUUGUCACACCAAUGCCUACUCUCAAAAAAUGUUUGGAAUUUGCCUCCAUUGCCUUCACAUCUAGUUAAUUCCACUUCUCCUCUACCCUAAGACUGAGACAAUAUUUUCUAGCAUCUCAGUGACUCAUUUUUUUUUUAAGCUUUAAUAAAUAUCCCCAUGUUCCUGGUCCACACAGUUCAAACAGUCUAUCCCUGUUAAUCAUAUCAUUUCUUAUCAAUAUCUCUUAUGUUAUAAUCAUGUCUUCCUUAGUCUCUCCUUCAGUUUUGUCAUGUUUGGUUCCUUUUGUCUCGUGUAUUGCACAUCCCUUCAGUUUUUGGAUUAUUCUAGUUGAAAACCUUCAGACAUCUUCAAGCUUCUGAAGAUGAUUGAUCAGGUGGGCAUUUCCAUGCAGCUGCUGCUGCAUCACAUACUACAUUAUACACAGUGUGUAAUUGCCUAUUUGAGUUUCUAUAGAGCAGGUAAACUAGUUCCAGGUUCAUCUUCUGAAGAGUAGUGCAGAAUGAACUGAACAAUGACAAAGCGGAAGAAACUUGCAACGAGUUUCUUCCACUUUGUCAUUGUUCAGUUCAUUCUGCACUACUCUUAUAUUGAAGAAAUGCUUUGAUAUGCCUGGUUAUGUAAUUUCUAACCAUGGCCUCCUGUUUCAUUCCCAGUGAAGAUCCUUUCAUUGUCUACCCCCAAAGUAUUUUUACGUCUGUGCAUGUGUUUGUGUCUGCAUGUGUGUUUAUGUUCUUCAUAUUUAUAAGUUAGACUUUAAAAAUCUUUAUUACAUCAGAAUGAAGAAAUUUUAUUUAUUUUUUGUAAUAUUUUUCACCAUAAUGAAGUAUGUACCCAUUUUAGAAUUGAUCUGAUCCUAAGACAGUAUUGUUGAAGUAUAGAUUUGUGCCUCUGUCAUAUGUUAACAUUAUUUUGCUUUGUGAUAAAGUUCUGCUUACAUUUUAACUUUAUCACAAGUUUUUGUGUAUUAACUUUAGCAAAUAUCAAACUUAUGAUUGAUGUGUGCAUUGAUAAUAAUACAUAAUGAAGUUCUAAAACAGUUCUUAAUGUAAAUGAAGUGUCUAGGUUGAGUUUAGAAAAGAGACAAGAUGUGACAUUGCAUCUAGCAGGACAGUGUGAUAGAGAGUGCUUCUGCUCGAUACAUUGCUAAAGCAAGGCCAAACAACUCUUGCCUUGAUCAGAAUCAAAGAUGUAUUUUUAAUACUUUUGUGACUGUCUCCUUCAUUAGGUCACUCUGCCUUGGUAGGAUAUUGCCAUAUUGUUAAAAAAAUAAAUCCUUUUUGCCACCAAGGUUGGGUGAUCCUUAGGAAGCACACAUUCCCGAGUUGUCUUUCCAGAAGUGCAUGGGCAUGACAAGUUGUCUUUCCAGAAGUGCAUGGGCAUGACAAGUUGUCUUUCCAGAAGUGCAUGGGCAUGACAAGUUGUCUUUCCAGAAGUGCAUGGGCAUGACAAGUUGUCUUUCCAGAAGUGCAUGGGCAUGACAAGUUGUCUUUCCAGAAGUGCAUGGGCAUGACAAGUUGUCUUUCCAGAAGUGCAUGGGCAUGACAAGUUGUCUUUCCAGAAGUGCAUGGGCAUGACAAGUUGUCUUUCCAGAAGUGCAUGGGCAUGACAAGUUGUCUUUCCAGAAGUGCAUGGGCAUGACAAGUUGUCUUUCCAGAAGUGCAUGGGCAUGACAAGUUGUCUUUCCAGAAGUGCAUGGGCAUGACAAGUUGUCUUUCCAGAAGUGCAUGGAGAUGACAAGUUGAUUUUCCAGAAGUGCAUGGAGAUAACAAAUUAUCUUUCCAGAAGUGCAGAAGUAACAAGUAGUCUUUGCAGAAGUGCAUGAACAUGACAAGUUGUCUUUAAAGAAGUGCAUGGACAUGACAAUUCAGAUGAGCCACUGAUAGAUAUAUCGCACAAACUAUCUUCAUAAAUCUGACACAAGAGAGUGGCUAUAUUGUACAUUUAUGAUACUUUGGCUCAGGUUUUGCAAAAUUGGUAGUAUUUGUUGGGUGUACAACAGUGACCUCUAGUCCACUGGGGCUUCCAAGACUUUAACUCCACAUUAAUAUUGCAAUAUUUUUUUUUUUUUUUACAUUGGCUAUUUCUUAGCAAGGUAGAAUGACCCAAAAAAAGGAAACACAUUCCAUAUCAAUUACUAAAAUGGAAAAUGUUUCCAUUUUUAUCAAGAAAUUUCAGGUUUGUGAUACUAGAGUUAUCAGGAAAUUUGCAGAACAGAAAGGCUAGUUCUUUUUCUAAGCUGUUUUCUUAAUUUAAAAAACAAGAAAAUGUGUUGGCACUUGCAAAAAAUUUAGGUCAUUGAAGGCUGCUGGUAUAGAAGGCCAAUAUAAAAAUAAUAAAAUAUAACUGUAGACAGCAGUUUUUUUCCGUCUGUAUCCCACCAAGGCAGAGUGACCCAAAACAGAAAAAUUAAAAUUUUUCUUUUUAAAUUUAGUAAUUUAUCCACGGGAAGGGGUUAUUAGCAACUUGUUCCCUGCAUUUUAGUCCCCUCUUAUGGAGGAAGAAUUCUGCUCCACUUCCCCAUGGAGAUAAGAGGAAAUAGAGAAAAGAACUAUAAAGAAAAUAGAAGAAAAUCCAGAUAGGUGUGUAAAUACAGUGGACCCCCGGUUAACGAACUUUUUUCAUUCCAGUAGUAUGUUCAGGUGCCAGUACUGACCGAAUUUUUUCCCAUAAGGAAUAUUGUGAAGUAGAUUAGUCAAUUUCAGACCCCCAAACAUACACGUACGAACGCACUUACAUAAAUACACUUACAUAAUUGGUCGCAUUUGGAGGUGAUCGUUAUGCGGGGGUCCACUGUAUAUGUGAGUGUACAUGCAUGUGUAGUGUGACAUAAGUGUAAGUAGAAGUAGCAAGAUAUACCUGUUAUCCCACGUGUUUAUGAGACAGAAAAAAGGCACCAGCAAUCGUACCAUCGUGUAAAAUAAUUACAGGUUUAGACAUCAGAUAACCAGUUUAAAAACUGUUGUAAGUUUCUAAAGUUAAUUUGCAUUUCUGUUAUAUAAGACCCUGAAAUGUUGAAUAUUUAUUUAUUGCUGUAGAUAGAGAGGCUGUCCCUAGAUUUCUCCAUAAAGGCUUGCAUUAAUUUUCAAUUUGCAGAAUUUCCUGCCGGUUUAAAGUUAUAAAAAACUUGUGUAUGCUACAGAUUUUGAUAUUGUUAAUGCCUAUAGUAUUUCUGAUUUUUUUAUAUUUAUAAUUGUUUUAAAAACAGAUAUAGGGGUGGGGAUGUUGGCAGUUUUGAACUGGUAUCAGUGCCCCUCUGGCAAGACAGUGAUGGAGUGAGUGAUGGUGCAAGUGUUUCUUUUUUUGGGUCACCCUGCCUUGGUGGAAGACUGCUGGUUUGUUAAAAAAAACACAGAUCUUGAAUGGCUGACUGAUGAAUAUACCGGCUUCACAAUACAGUGGACCCCCGCAUAACGAUUACCUCCAAAUGCGACCAAUUAUGUAAGUGUAUUUAUGUAAGUGCGUUUGUACGUGUAUGUUUGGGGGUCUGAAAGGAAUAAUCUACUUCACAAUAUUCCUUAUGGGAAUAAAUUCGGUCAGUACUGGCACCUGAACAUACUUAUGGAGUGAAAAAAUAUCGUUAACCGGGGGUCCACUGUAGUUUGAGUACAGAUUCUAUACAUAAGAAAGAUUUCCUCUUAAAUCUGUGGAAAAAAUGUUUGGAGUAAUUUAUAUAUAUAGGCAGCAAGCUUUUGUGAAUGAUGUGGUCAUUGAUGGCGCCUACUAACAGAGGAAUUCUUUUCUGCCAGAUAUGAUUUUUUUUUUUUACAAAAUUUGUAUACAAUUUAGCCACUUUGCACAAAUAAAGUUUUUAAUUUUUAAGUUACAAACAGUUGGGUGAUACCACAAACAUACAUAUAUCCUGAGGUAAAUUAUGCUGAUGUGGUUUCUGCAAGUCUUCAGAUUGGUAUUUGGGUAGUAAUUGUUAAGUGGUGGUAUUUUGUUUGCUGGGAGAAAUAUGAAGGUUUCUUGUAGUGAGGGACUCAUUUGAAGGCAUUUUUUUAGUAAGGGACUUAUUGCAAGGUUUCCUUUAGUGGGGAAGUGAUUAACAUAAUACCCUAUUUGGUGAAACUUGAUCAUCUGACCGAGGCUUGCAGAUGUGCCCCCAUAUACAAAAAUCACAUCAUAAGAUGUGAUGGUACCUUAUAAACCCCCAUAUAUAAACAGUGGAUCACCACACAGUAUUCUCUAAGCAAUGACUUCAUACAUAGUACAUAAUUUAAGUUUAUCAGUGGUAUCACUGAUGUGUCUCCUCACCACAUUAGUCAGUCAUGUUGAUAGUAGGUCAGGUAGUCUUAUAUCCUCUUGACAAGUUUUUAGAAGACACAGAUUUAUCCAAAGUGCCACAAUAAAAAUUAUAAAUAUAACCUUUAUGUAUAGAAUAUGCCCUUGUAAUUGUAUAUCUUACAUAAAUCAAUAAUUUAUUUAAAUACUAAUACUGAGAUUAUGUAUUACACUUGGAAACUUUAAUCAAAUAUAACUGCUUUGUGGAUUUUGUUGGCAUCAUAGAGUCAACUGUAGCCCUGUUUAAAUUUUUUUAUCCAGUGUUUAUUUAGUAGCUACAGAUUACAAAAAUACAGUAAACUUUCGAUGUAAUGAACUAGCAGAGGGGUCCAGGUGGCUGCUAAUGGGGAUUGUGAUGGAUAGAGGGGUGAUUGUUGUGCUGCAAUCAUGACAAUAACAGUUCUUUAACUAACGGACUUUGCCCGCUGUUUCCGAAUCGAUUGACCCAUUGGAUUUUGUCCUGUAUUUUCAAAGUCACAUCAUAGUCCAUUAAAUCGAAGACUUACUUGAAUACAGAGAAAGCUCAGUCUAACAGAGUAUAUUUAUGGCCAAUGAUACAUGUUAUAGUGGACAAGAUGGCAAUGAUACAGAGUCAAUGAACUUUCACGAAGGACUUUCUAGUUAUUUUAUGAAUAUCCUCAUGUGACCCAAAAAAGAAGAAAUGAAAGCUUUUCUACUUUUUACAUUUUAUACAGGAGAAGGGGAUUACUAGCCCCUUGCUCCCGGCAUUUUAAUCGCCUCUUAUGACAUGCAUGACUUACAGAGGAAACAUUCUUCUGCACUUUGCCAUGGAGAAUUUCUGUAUUACAUAAAUGAAUUUGUGCAGCAUUUCAAACAGUGGACAUGGGCCUCUGUGGAGAUUGUGAGUGGGGUAAGCCUUGAAUAGUUGGUUUUGGCUGAGGUAGAUUGUAUUAGACUGAGCUGCACCCACUAGGUGGUGGCUGAGGUUUUAUUUGUUGGGAAGUAUGCCUGAUGCAGGUGUUGGACAGUAUGCCUGAUGCAGGUGUUGGGAAGUAUGCCUGACCCAGGUGUUGGGAAGUAUGCCUGAUGCAGGUGUUGUCAUACGAUGACCUGUUGAGUGAUCAUCAUCAACUGGCAUAAAAGUACUGACAUCUACCCCACUUGAAAAAUUUAACAGCUCACACUUAUUUUUACUAUUACUUCUGCUACCACUUGUACUACUAUUAGUACUACUACUAGUACUGCUACUGGUACUUCUGUUAGUACUAGGACUACUAUUAGUACUACUACUACUAUUAAUUGUACUAGUACAUACUACUACUACUAUUACUUAUGCUACUACUAUACUACUACUGCUGCUGCUACUACUACUACUACUACUACUACUACUACUACUGUUACUACUACUACUACUACUGUUACUACUACUACUACUGUUACUACUACUACUACUGUUACUAUUACUGUUACUACUACUACUGUUACUACUAUUACUGUUACUACUACUACUGUUACUACUACUACUGUUACUACUACUACUGUUACUAUUACUACUACUACUACUACUACUACACUGCCACUACUACUACCAUCACCACUACUACUGUCACUACUAUCACUCCUACUAUCACUACUACUACUACUGCUGCUGCUACUACUACUACUACUACUACUACUACUACUACUACUACUACUACUACUACUACUACUACACUGCCACCACUACUACUGUCACUCCUAUCACUACUACUACUACUACUACUAUUACUACUGCUACUACUACUACUACUACUACUACUAUACUACUACUACUACACUACUACUACUACUACUACUACUACUACUACUACUACUACUACUACUACACCACUGUCACCACUACUACUGUCACUCCUACUAUCACUACUACUACUACUACUACUAAAACUUCUACUACUGUAAACCACAUGGUGAUACUAGCCCCACUUGUCUGCUAGCCAAAAGCUGUAAGUUGAUGACAUCUAUGGUAAAUUAUCAUUAAAUGAAUGAUGAUGUUAAUUGACAAGGAGAAGCACAUUUACUCUACUAUUAUCACUGGGUUGUAUAUUGUAAAGGACAGCAUUGUAUUAGAAACUAGAAUAGUUAGUAGCUAGAAAAUUUAUGACAAGUUUUAGUGGUUGCUAGUAAGGUCAUUGAGAACUUUACUGCAUACCAGACCAAGGAAUGAACGGUUUGAUUGGGUUUUUGAGGUAUAUAGAGCUAGGUUAACAAUGUUAAAUCCUAGAUGUUAAUAGGGAAACAACAGACUUCAUUAAGGUCGACUAUGGGUUUGGUAAAUAGACAGUAUGUGCAAGUUUUGAUCUAACUUUUAUAGUAUUGGACACAACACAUUUGUUUGUGUUGAAGUGGAAGUUUGGUGAUGACUUUUUCAAUAUUUUGACUUUGCAAAAAAUGUGGUGAGAAAAAAGGUUUGAAUUAAUUAUUUGUGCCAUGUUUAUAUGUUUAUUGUUUUCAAGAACAUUGAUGUAUGGAAUGUAGGAUGUAAUAGUUAUAUGAAAUUAUUCUAUAAUUUCUUGUUAUUUGAUACGAAGAACCUUAUUAAUGAGGUAUAUCUUCAUUAUAUAGAGAAAAUUAAUAGUUUAUUUAAAUAUUACAU